UUCUAUUUUAGUCCUUGGAAACUUAGAUGCUCGUUGGUGCAAGCAAUAAUUGAAUAACAUAGAUUUCAAAAUGUAUUUUGCGACGCGACUGUUGUAGUCAGCCUGUUACGAGUUUGAAACGUAGCCGUUAUGUCUGGGGAAGCACAGGCGACUAUGUUGUCUUUUUUUAAUGUAUUUUUUUUAGAUAGGAUGACUCAACAACCAACAUUAAAAACGAGUGCUGAGGGGCUUAUUGUUGCAAACGUCCCUUACUUGGCUGACGACAAAUAUGUCCGCGGGGAUUCCCCCAAGGGUGUAGGUUUGAAACGUAGCCGUUUAUGUCAGGGGAAACACAGGCGAUUUCAUGUUAGGGGAGUUUGAGCCCGAUUUACUAUAUACAGGCAAGUUCAACGUUGUGUCCUGUUUCGUACACGGUAGUGUGAAACAUAAGUAGUAUACGAGCUAACUAGCGUUCUAACGUUUCACUUGUGUAUUUAGUCUGACGAGCCUAUAACAACACAGGAGCCCUUUCAUUUGUAUGUAGACUACACUUCUUCGUGAUGGAAAGGAGAGCAAUACAUUGCCAAUUACAAAACCAUUCGGACUCGAGUUUGGUCCAGGAAAACUUCACAGGCAUGCUACCUGUGCUCCCUCUAGAAGUCCUGGAGGAGAUGCUCCUAAAUGUCCCUCCACAGCAGGUGGUGUGUGUCUGUCGACUUGUGUGUCGUGAGUGGAAAGAAGUGGUGGACAGUGAUUCCCUUUGGAGAGAGAGGUGCCGAAGAGAAGGAUACCAGACAUAUGUGACUAAACUACCUAAAGACUGGCGUUUGUUUUACUUCUUGUGUAAGAAGAGACGUAAUCUUCUCAAGAACCCCAGAGCAGAUGAUAAAUUCAAGGGCUGGCACAUUAUGGAGAAUGGAGGGGAUAAAUGGAAAAUAGAGUCCGUGGAUGAAGUGCCGCUUCCUGACAACACUGUCCAAAAGUACUUUGCGACUUCUUACUCGACCUGCAGGAAGUCUCAGCUGAUUGACUUGGAGAAAGAGGGUUACAGGCCUUCUUUCAUGGAUGAUUUUCAACCCAACAUCAUUAUAUCCGACUGGUAUGCUCCACGCUGGGACUGUGGCUCUGAAUAUGAGAUCUGUGUUGAGUUGCUAAAUCGUAAGAAGAAGCCAAUUAAGAAGUUUAGUCCAGAUACUGUUGUCUUUCAACAGUGGAAUGAUCAGAAGUGGAAUCAGCUUCACCUGGAAUGCUUUUCCAACAGUCUUGAAGGAGUUCCCACAUAUGCUGAGCACUUGUUGGCUGCUUUUCCUUCACUCUGCGGUCCAACUCAUUCCAAACCAUCUCAUUUGGGUUAAGAUGACUCAUGUGUUCAAGAAUUAUGGACCAGGUGUGCGGUACAUCCGAUUCAUUCAUGGAGGAAAUGACACUCAGUUCUGGGCCGGCUGGUAUGGAAUUCGGGUCACCAACAGUAGCAUCGAGAUCUGCCCAUCGGUGGACAGAUAGCUUUCGGUGUUCCCGUUUACUCUCCUAAGAGGUUACAUUUGAAUGUUUUGCUGACCUGCACACUUUGAAACCUCUCUUAGUGUAGUGAACAUCAUUCUGUCUUUUCAGGCAAUAGGCACUGAUGUUUCUCUUGAUAUAAAUUAUACUGGCUGUACAAUACAGGUAACUGCGAAAAUAAUGGAAACGUUUGAGUAAAUGAGGGAUACAAAGUAUAUUGAAAACAGGUACUUCCACACAGGUGUUGUUCCUGAGUUAAUUAAGCAAUUAACAUCCCAUUGUACUUAGGGUCAUGUAUAAAAAUUCCCAGCUUCCCAUUUAUUUUGGUUACUAUGGCUAGAGGAGAUCUCUGACUUUCAAAGAGGGGUCUCAAAGGAGCAUAGUGGUCUGCCUGUCUCAGUCACCAGAUCUCAACCCAAUUGAACACUAAUGGGAGAUUCUGGAGCGGUGCCUGAGACAGCAUUUUCUACCACCAUCAAUAAAACACCAAGUUAUGGAAUAUCUCAUGGAAGAAUGGUGUCGCCUCCCUCCAAUGGAGUUCAUCACACAGAAUGUGCUCAGGCACAUUGAAGCUGUUCUAGCUAGUGGUGGCCAGCGCCCUAUUAAGACACUUUGUUUUCUUUAUUUUGUCAGUUACCUUUAUCAUUUCUGUCCAUCUCUGAAUUGUACAGAGUAAAGCAAGAAUUCACAUUAUAUGCCUGGAAUACUUCAAUGUAUUACAGGCAUAUAAUGUGCAUUUGUUUGCUCUGUACAAUUCCGAGGAAGACAGAGCAAAGGAAAGUGAACUUCAAUGUAAUGUAUUAGGUACAUAAACGUCUGACCCAUUUUGACAAACACCUUUUAAGAAACGUAGUUGAACACUUUUGCUUGUACUCACCUAUAUCUUAACAUCUAUAAUGUAAUUGUUGUCACUUACAGUGCCUUCAAAGUAUUCAUACCCCUUGACUUACUCCACAUUGUCUUGUUACAGCCUGAAUUCAAAAUGUAUUAAAUCAAUUUUUCUAAAACAUGUACACCCAAUACCCCAUAAUUGUUGCUCAUUUGUUGUAAAUUAAAUACAGAUAUCUCAUUUACGUAAGUUUUCACAGCCCUGAGGCAAUAAAUGUUAGAAUCAUCUUUGGCAGAGAUUACAGCAGUGAGUCUUUCUGGGUUACUCUUAAGAGCUUUGCACACAUGGUAUAUAAUAUUUGCACAUUCUUUUUAAAAUUCAAGCUCAGUCAAGUUGAUCAUUGCUAAACAGCCAUUUUCAAGUCUUGCCAUAGAUUUUAAAAAGGAUUUAAGUCAACUGUAACUAGGCCACUCAGGAACGUUCAAUGACGUCUUGGUAAGCAAGUCCAGUGUAUAUUUGGCCUUGUUUUAGGUUAUUGUCCUGUUGGAAAGGUGAAUUUGUCUCCCAGUGUCUGUUGCAAAGCAGACUGAACCAAGUGUUCCUUUAGGAUUUUGCUUGUGUUUAGAUCUCUUCUGUUUUUUAAAUAAAAAUAAAAAACGUUGUCUUUGCUGAUGACCAGCAUACCCAUAGCAUGCUGCUGCCACCAUCAUGCUUGAAAAUUAGAAGAGUGGUACUCUGUGAUGUGUUGUUGGAUUUGCCCCAAACAUAACGUUUUGUAUUCGGGACGUAAUUUCUUUUCCCUGUUUUUCUUUUUUUGUUCUUUCCAGUUUUAGUUUAGUGCCUUACUGCGAAAAGGAUGCAAGUUUUGAAAUAUUUUUAUUCUGUGCUGGUUUCCUUUUCACGCUCAUUUAGGUUAGUAUUGUGGCAUAACUAGUGUUGAUCCAACCUCAGUUUUCUCCUAUCACAGCCAUUAAACUGUAACUGUUUUAAAAUCACCAUUGGCCUCAUGGUAAAAUACCUGAUAGGUUUCCUUUCUCUCUGGCAACUGAGUUAGGAAGGACGCCUGUAUCUUUUUUGUAGUGACUGGGUGUAUUGAUACACAAGUGUAAUUAAUAACUUCAUGCUCAAAGGGAUAUUCACUGUCAAUCUACUAAUAGGUGCCCUUUGCAAUGCAUUGGAAAACCUCCCUGGUCUGUGGUUAAGUCUGUGUUUUGAAAUUCACUGCUCAACUGAGGGACCUUACAAUUAUCUGUAUGUGUGCGGUACAGAGAUGUGGUCAUUCAAAAUCAUGUUAAACCCUUGCACACAGUGAGUCCAUGCAAGAUUAUGACUUGUUAAACACAUUUUUACUCCUAAACAUUUUUUGUUUAAACAUUUUACCUAAUUUAAGUAUUGAUUGCUAACUAUUAAUAUUAAACAAAUAGGACAUUUCUAUUCUGUUUCUGUAAAGAGAUGGUUACCACUCUAGCUUCCUGCAGUUAGUCUGCUAGAGAUAGUUUUGAGCUGACAACGACUUAGUGACAACCUAAAAGCUGGCAUUCCAUAGACAAGAUGUGGUGUGUUACCCGAGAGAGAGAGCCUUGAAGAGUUUAGAACAAUGUCUCAUUUUUCUGGUAUCUGGGAAACUAAGCCGGGUUGGGGUUAAAAUGCCACCCUAUGUAGAUGAACCAAGGUUAGGGAAGGUUAGGAAUGACUAAGCAUUUUUUUAGGGCCUAUAUUAAAAAAAAUCCAUUGUUAGUUAGGCUCAGCCUAACAGUCAAGACUGUUGGGUCGACGGUAUCAUUAUUGCAAUAAUUAAUCAAUAUUAAUUAAAGAUAAUUGUUUGAAGAAAUGACCAAGCCUCUCAGUAUUUCCAUGACAAUGUAUUUAUUCUUGUCAUAACAAAUUGUUGAAUACUUAUUGAUUAAAGACAUUUCAGAUUUGUAUGUUUUUAUUCAUUUGUGAAAUGUUCUACAAACACAGUUCCACUUUGACAUUAUGGGGUAUGGCAGUGACUGAAUAAGUUUCAAAUUCAGGCAGUAACAAUGUUUGGGGGAAAAGUCAAUUGGUGUGAAUACUUUCUGAAGGCACUUUUUAUAUUAAAAGGAUAAUACAUGUAUUAAGAGAAGGAAUAUAAGUAUUUUAACCUGUAAUACAUUUAUGAAUACAUAAUGUAGUCUAAUUUGAUUAUGUACUGUUAUCCUGCUGAGAUUGCUUCUUAUGGUUCUCUUUUGAAUAAGUUAAACUUGUAUAACUGAAUACAUAUAUUUUAAAAGUAUACUGUCCUUAUUGUUUAUUCAACUACUGUGGAGUGAUUUGUAUCCUCUAUGCAAGAACAAUACAGGCACAACAUCCAUAUACUGAGGCCCCCAUACUUGAAGUGCAUUCGGAAAGUAUUCAGACCCCUUAACUUUUUCCACAUUUUGUUACGUUACAGCCUUACUCCAAAAUUGAUUACAUGAGAAAACUAGUUAAAUCUACACACAAUAAACCAUAGUGACAAAUUGAAAACAUGUAGACAUUUUUGCAAAUGUAUACAAAAAAAGAGACCUUAUUUUCACAAGUGUUCAGACCCUUUACUAUGGGACUUGAAAUUGAGCUCAGGUGCAUCCUGUUUCCAUUGAUCAUCCUUGAGAUGUUUCUACAACUUGAUUGGAGUCUACAACUUGAUUGGUAGAUUCAAUUGAUUGGACAUGAUUUGAAAAGGCACACCUGUCGAUAUAAGGUCCCACAGUUGACAGUGCAUGUCAGAGCAAAAACCAAGCCAUGAGGUCGACGGAAUUGUCUGUAGAGCUCGAGACAGGAUUGGUGACAGGUACCAAAGAAAUUCUGCAGAAUAGAAACUUCCCAAGAACACAGUGGCCACAGUAUUCAGACCCUUUACUCAGUUCUUUGUUGAAGCAUCUAACAGCGAUUACAGCCUUGAGUCUAAUUGGGUAUGAUGCUACAAGUUUUGCAUACCUGUAUUUGGGGAGUUUCUCCCAUUCUUUUCUGCAGAUCCUCUCAAGCUCUGUCAGUUUGGAUUGGGAUUGGUUGCACAGCUAUUUUCAGGUCUCUCCAGAGAUGUUCGAUCAGGUUCUAGUCUGGGCUCUGGCUGGGCCACUCAAGGACAUUGAUUCUUGUCCUGAAGCCACUCCUGCGUUGUUUUGUCUGUGUGCUUAGGGUCGUUGUCCUGUUGGAAGGUGAACCUUCACCCCAGUCUGAGGUCCUGAGCGCUCUUGAGUAGGUUUUAAUCAAGGAUCUCUCUGUACUUUGCUCUGUUCAUCUUUGCCUCGAUCCUGACUAGUCUCUGUCCAUGCCAAUGAAAAACGACCCCACAGCAUGAUGCUGCCACCAUCACGCUUCACUGUAGGGAUGGUGACAGGUUUCCUCCAGACAUGAUGCUUGGCAUUCAGGCCAAAGAGUUCAAUCUUGGUUUCAUCAGACCAGAGAAUCUUGUUUCUCAUGGUCUGAGUCUUUAGGUCCAUUUUGGCAAACUCCAAGCGGGCUGUCAUGUGCCUUUUACUAAGGAGUGGCUUCCGUCUGGCCAUUCUACCAUGAAGGCCUGAUUGGUGGAGUGCUGCAGAGAUGGGAGAACCAUCCAAAAGGACAACCAUCUCCACAGAGGAACUCUGGAAUUCUGUCAGGGUUACCAUCGGGUUCUUGGUCACCUCCCUGACCAAGGCCCUUCUUCCCCAAUUGCUCAGUUUUGCCUUGCGGCUAGCUCUUGGAAGAGUCUUGGGGAUUCCAAACUUCUUCCAUUUAAGAAUGAUGGAGGCCACUGUGUUCUUGGGGAGCUUCAAUGUUGCGAAAUGUUUUGGUAGUGGGCCAGUGGGUCAACGAGAGCAUUAUGUAUUGUUCUGUACAUAAAUUGUUAUAUUUCCUUUGGUACUGUAUAUGUUAUUUUGUGGUUGUCCAUCAUCCAUUUCGUUGUAUAGGUUACUUAAGGCAUAUUGCAUGCAACUAGUAACAUAUCUCAUGUAACCAUACCAAAUAUGUAACAUAUCAUUCUCAUUUGAGUGUCCCGGAUUUACGUUUACCAUGUUACAUCUAGUCUUUGAGACCACCCCUGUUUUGUUCUGUUUGCUUCAUUUAAGAAACAUUUUGCAACAGAAUCAGUGGAUUGAAUACGCCCCAAUUAUCACUCCCUUCAGCGGCGCUCUGCUUUGGAGAGCAAAGCCGGACACAGUUCUCCCCCUGAGGACCGUAAGGCGUAGUGCCCUCUCCUCCUGGGCAGAAGACACUCACAAAAUCAACACAAGUCCAAUUCUGGAUACUUUGACCAAUUGACAGAAGGCACCUUGUGGCCAAUGGUUUUCUGAGUGAAAGCGGAAAAUUAGGUGACUUGAAAAUGGCCUGGUUUAAAAAUACAUAUAUAAUAACAGAAAAAUUGCAUGUUUUUAUAUUCUCCUUUUUUGCAUGGAAACCGUUACUCAUGAUACUUAUGAUACCAACGUUUUAGAAUACCGUAGUUCCGUUUCAUAUGAUACUACCUAAUUUUUCAGCCCUACCAAUCUAAAGAACCUGCUGGCUCUGGUUAUAAAUGUUUAUAAAGUUUGUUUUGUUAAUAAAUUCAAUUGAAUUUAA